UAGUCCUAUGUGAUUUUUUAAAUCUAUUUGAAUUUAUAUUUUCGAAUAUCACCGAUAGAUAUUAGCGCCAUCAGAAUUUUCGGUGCAUUAUUUUUUCUUAUUCCUAAUCCGUGUGUAGUUUAGGUUAGGUGCACGAUUUUCGAUUAGGAGAUUCGUUAUCUGAGUUAAUACUGGUUUAUAUAUCAAUAAAGUAAGACUGAUUAUUAUUUUUUGGUUGUACUCGUGUGUAUAAUUUAUUCGACAAUUAUCAUGGAUCAGACUGAAAAACGACAAGUCCCUUCGUUAUUGAAAAAAAUUUUAGCAGCAGAUGUUUAUUUAACCAAAACUUUUGUAACUACAUUUGAAAAAUAUGUAACGAUGAAACAACUCAAAACACAUUAUAAGGCAUUAGAGAUAUCGUGCCAUGGAGUUACUUGGAUCGCAUUGACAUUAGCUUCGAUAUGGAUUUUAAACAGUACGUCCCUUUAUCAAAUGCAAGUUAAUCUUCUCAUGGGCUUCUUAAUUGAUAUAUUCGUAACUGCAAUAUUGAAAGCGUUAACCAGAAGAAGACGACCUGCCGCUAAUGAUGAUUAUUUUUCAAUUGGCCCAGAUAAAUAUUCAUUCCCAUCAGGACAUUCAUCCCGUUCUACUUUCAUUACCUAUUUCUUUUUGUAUUUAUGGGAAGUACCCAUUUUUUUUGUACCAUCUAUAAUAGUUUGGUGUAUUUGUAUUUCUUUAUCUAGACUUUUAAUGAGACGACAUAAUAUACUUGACAUCUGCGCUGGGGUAGGUUUAGGCAUUCUCGAGGCAAUGCUCGUUAACUAUUUAUAUUUAAGUCAGGAUACAUGUAUAAAUUUAAUUUCCUGGAUUACAAAUGAGAAGAUUGAUGACCUUUGAAUUGAUUAAUACUUUAAUAUUUUAUUGAUUAUAAUUUUUCAAUAUGUUAUUUAUUGUUACAAUUUAUAUAUAUGUUUUAAUUUUUUUGUUUUUUAUUUUUUAUUAUAUGGAUAAUUUAAAACCAAACUGAUGAAAAUGUUUUAUAAUACAAUAGUGUAAGAUAUAUUUUCUAUAGAUUAGACAUUCAAUCAAUUUGAACAUAAAAUUGCGCCUUAGUCUGUCUUACGCUUUUAGAUUUUUUUAUUUUUAAAAUUUAGCUUGCUACUUGUAAUAUAAAUUAUGAACUUAGAGUAAACUAUUUGGUAUUGAUGUUUUAUUAGGUUUUUUGUUUGGUGUAUUUUUUAUUGUUUUAUUGUACUUUCUAAUCGUAAGCAUUUAUUAAUUGAAACUUUGUCAAUGCUGCUCUAUUUAAUAUAAUAAAAAUUAAAUGUUAAUAGUUAAGCGUACCUAAAAACGUAACAUUAGCAUCUUAAAAAGAAAGUAAUUAGUGAUUUCAAAUAAAUAAAAAUAUAAAUAGAUAAUGAAAUUAGUUUGCGUGGAGAAAAGUGUUGCCAUAAGAACACAAUACUUUUUUAUAUGUAAUAAGCAUCUAGACAGAAAAUUACUUUAGCAUCAAAUUUAUUUCUAUUUUGUGUUUAUGAUAAUAGCAUUUAUAAAUGUUUUCUUUUUUUACCAUAA